AUGGGCAAGGUGGAUGAGCUGGUAGAUAUGGCAGUGCCCAACGACAUCACUAAAAUACAUGAGCCAGAACAGGUGUUGUCGACCCUUCGUCAGUAUCAGUUGUUGUCUACAAUCUAUGAAAGAGCUAUGAAAUUCGUCAAUCAGGACGAAUAUCUGUGGCAACAGUUUGCACUUUCUCUGGUUUGUCGGGGAAAAUGGUUGAGAGCUGUCCGAGUGCUGGAGCAGUGCAUUGCCGCAGAGAAAAAGGACGAUAAUCGUUCAGCAGAGAAGCUGGAAGUAGUAUCGUCUAAUACCGCCAUGCAUCACAUGCAAGCUGCCGUUCUUCACAUGGAGCACCUUGGUCAGAAUGAUGCAGCCAUCAAUCACGCCACGGCUGCAGUGGCCUUGUGUUCCGAUGGUCCGUUCACUUACCUGAAAGGAAGAGCUCAGCUGCUAUGUGCCAUAGCUCACGGGAGAAAAGCUCAAGCUGAACCAUGUUUCGAGAAUCGUCGCCGUCUACUCGCUAAAGCGUUAGGAAUGUUUGAGAAUUGUGUACAUGCGGAUCCUCACGACUAUCUGGCCCAUUACUACUGCGCUCUGUACCAUGCCAUAGUUCGAGAUUUGGAAGCAGCUCGUGAACGUUGUGCCAGGUCUUUAGAACUGAAUCCCGAGCAACCGUCUGCCAUAAUGUUGUUAGCCCUUAUUUUCACCGCUGAAGCUGAUCUCAAGGGUGCACUUGAGCUUGUGGUGAGUGCUUUAAAAGAUUUCCCAACACACUAUGGUCUUCUGGUCCUACGGUUGCAUAUUGAAACAAAGUUUGGGCGUAUUGACGAGUCAUUGAAUACUUGUUCGGAUUUGCUGGAUUUUUGGCGAAAACGAGAUUGCUGUAUUGAAGACGAACGGAUGCAGCUUACGCUGAACGCAACUGAUGGUCAGAGUAUGUUGAAAGAUGCGUCGAGUAUAAAAGCAGGUACUCCUUCAAUUGGGCGAGAGAUAUCAUCUGCAACGCCAUUGUUCGCUACUCCACUUGGUAUCGGUAUUACGACGCCUAUUCUAAAUCCGAAUGUAGGCAGCAGUCAGUCAGGGCUCGAUAUGGCUGUCUCGGCCGCAGAUAGUGGAGUGCCGGCUUCUGAAGCGGGAGGUCAAUCAGUUUCCAGUGAAGGCGGUGGAAUAGCUGCAAACGCAUCAACGGCUUUGUGGACACGGUUCCGAGCUCAGGUACUACCUGAUAACUCUGAUAAUCGAAUCAAUGCAAAGAUUGACAUCAAUUCGCUGGACGAGUUCCAGGCAAAUAUGUGGACGGCAUUAGCAGAGCUCUUCUUAGCGGAAGGUCGAUUGAACGAUGUUGCUCCAUGCGUAGAGCAGGCUGCCAAUCUGUUUCCCCAUGCAUAUCAGGCUCUGUACCUCAAAGGUCGAUUAUUCGCAGCAAAAGCUGAAAAGGCUCCAGAUGAGGCAACGGCAGCGCGAUUCCGUGCAGAGGCGAAUGUGAGGCGUUUUUCGCUCGCUGACACCUAUGGCUUUUUCUUCUUCUGCUGGCUUAGCAACCUUUCUACAUCGUAUCUGUCCACAUAUGCCAACUUACUGUAUUACUGGGGGCUAAAAGGCGUAUUUCAGGCAUCGCUUCUGUCUGCGCUAGCUCUGUGUCCAUCACAUACACCCAGCCUACUUCAUCUUGCCAAACUCUAUACCGCUGAUGGUAAUAUCGCUAUGGCUGAGCAAAUGUACAGGGAAUUGGUCCGGGUGGAUCCGUUGAACUGUCAAUGGUGGCAAGAGUUAGGCUGCUGCCUGAUGCGUCGAGAUAGCGUGGCACGGGCUUUGGAGUGCUUCUCGGCUGCUUCUCAGCUCGAUCGAUCUACACCGCUUCUCUCGUUCGCUUCAAUUCCUCUCGUCUUUCCUUCGUCAUUCUAA